AUGAGUAGUCGCACUGAACGAGCGUGCAUGGUGUGCGGGAUCAUCCAGCCGUUUCGAGACUUUGUUGGACAUGGUUGCCCCAACUGUGAGAGUUUGCUGCCUUUUAAAGGGGAUGACAGCGUUGUGAUGGACUGCACGAGCCCGUCGUUCGAGGGCUUUGUCGCACUCUGUGACCAGGAAUCGUCGUGGGUCGCCAAAUGGCUGCGUAUUGACGGGUUUCAGACGGGAAUGUACGCUGUGAAAGUUAACGGAAGAUUGCCCGAAGACGUCGUCAGGGCCUUAACCGACAAGGGCAUUGUUUACCGGCCACGAGAUGGCUCUGUGCAAGACUGA